AUGACUAAUGAAAUUGAUGAAAUUGGAUAUGCUACUGCUGCACAUAAUAUUCUAAAUUCAAUGAAUACAACAGCCGAUCCAUGCAAUGACUUUUUCCAAUAUGCUUGCGGCCGAUGGAUUCAUGAAAAUCCGAUACCGGAUGAUCAAUCCGGAUACGGAACAUUUGUAAUAACCACAAACAUUGUACGAAAUCAAAUGAAAGCAUUAUUAGAAUCACAUGAAACGAUCACACCAAAAUGCAUUGAUAUGGCUCGUAUUCUUUAUAAAGCAUGUAUGAGUGUUGAAAAAAUUAGCACUGUUAAAACUGAGCAAUUAAUUGAAAUAUUUCGUAAAAUUGGUAAAUGGCCAUUACUUGAAGAUAAUUGGAAUAAUUAUAUGAUUGAUAUUACGGAUAUGAUAGCAUCAGUAACUCAAAAUUUUGGUGAUCCAAUUUUAUUCAAAGUUUUUAUUGAUGCUGAAUCUAAAAAUACCACAAUUCAUGGUUUAUAUAUUGAUCAAGCUAAUUUGGGUCUUGGUAGUGGUACUCGAGAUUAUUAUUUAAAUUUAAUAAAGUUUCCGAAACAUCUUAAAGCUUAUAAGGAAUAUCAAUUGGAAACUUUGAAAUUGGUAUUGAGCGGAGCUAAUAUUAGCUAUAAUAUAUCAGAAUUAAUAAACGAUAUUAACGAUAUUAUAGCAUUUGAAAUUGAAAUUGCUAAGUUUAUUGUACCGGAAGCAAACCGACGUAAUAGCUCACGUUUAUACAAUAAAAGAAUUAUUGCUGAUCUAUACACAUUAAUUCCACAGAUUAAUUGGAUUAAAUUUAUGUACCACUUAAUACCAGCAUCAAUGCAUGAUAUAAUUGAUAAUCAAACAAAUAUUAUAAUUCAAGAAGUGGAAUUUAUGAAAAAUUUAUCAAAUUUAUUGAGCACAACAAAUAAACGUAUCAUUGCUAAUUAUAUUUUUUGGCGAACAAUUGAUGUUUGGAGUGAUAUUUUAGGCAAAAAAUUUGAUGAUAUCCGAUUGAAAUUAACACGUGUAAUGAGUGGUCAGCAAAAAAUGAUACCACGUUGGCAGCAAUGUGUUCAAAGGACGGAAAAUUUAUUAGCGCAAGGAACCAGCGCUUUAUUUGUUCGAAAACAUUUCAGUUCUGAGAUACGGAAGGAAGUAUUGGAUAUCCUAGAAAAUAUUAAAAAAGCAUUUCAAGAUAUUGUUGAAGAAAUAGAUUGGAUGGAUAAUAGUACUAAGAAAGCUGCUUUACAAAAGGUUGCUGCUAUCACCAACAAAAUUGGUUAUCAUGAUAUGAUAAUGAAUGAUACAGCACUUACUGAAUAUUACAAAAAGUUAAAUAUAACCUCGGAAGAUAGUUAUUUUCAAAUUUUACGUAAAAUAGCAAAAUGGGAUGCGGAAAGAUAUUUUUUACGUCUUAAAAAACCAUUCGACAAAUAUGAAUUUGUACAAAGCGCUUCAACUGUUAAUGCAUUUUUUACAUUUCGAAUGAAUUCACUUACACUGCCAGCUGGUUUCCUUACACCACCAUUUUUCAAUCGUUACUAUCCAAAAGCAGCAAAUUAUGGUGCAUUAGGUACAGUGAUGGGUCAUGAAUUAACACAUGGCUUUGAUGAUGAUGGAAGUCUUUAUGAUAUGAAUGGUAAUUUGAAUAAUUGGUGGAGUAAGGAAUCGUAUAAAAACUUUAGAAAUAAAGCGCAAUGUUUCAUUGAACAAUAUGAUUCAUAUAAAGUACCAAAUACGGAUUUUAAAGUAAAUGGGAAACUUACCUUAGGGGAAAAUAUCGCCGACAACGGUGGAAUCAAACAAUCAUUUCGGGCAUAUAAAAAGUAUAUCGAGCAGAUCGGUCAUUCUGCCCAUAAACUGCCGGGCAUGUCAAAGUUCACCGACGAACAAAUAUUUUUCCUUUCGUUUGCACAGGUUUGGUGUGGCCAUCAGACGAAAGAAGCCCAAAUCAAGCAAGUGCUUACUAAUGAACACAGCCCAGCCAAGUAUCGUGUCAAUGGCCCACUCUCAAAUUUACCUGAAUUUAGCCAAGCUUUCAAUUGUUCAUUUGGAAGUUUAUUAAAUCCUCAGAAGCGUUGUUCUGUUUGGUGA